CUUCAGAUACCCCCUCCCCAACCAGAAAAGUACACUCGCUGCAGACCAAGACAGACCGCCAACAUGUCGGCUGAAGACUACACCACUCCCAAGGUGGAUCUGUCAAAAGAUCCAUCUGGCGCAGAGGCCAAGGACAAAGACGAGACCGCAACCGCGAUCCUCAAGAAGAAGAAGAAGCCAAACUCGUUGAUUGUCACCGAUGCCGUCAACGAUGACAACUCCAUCAUCGCCCUCUCAAACAACACCAUGGAGACGCUCCAGCUCUUCCGCGGUGAUACCGUUCUUGUCAAGGGCAAGAAGCGAAAGGACACAGUCUUGAUCGUUCUCGCAGACGACGAUCUCGAUGACGGCUCAGCGCGGAUAAACCGAGUCGUUCGCCACAACCUGCGGGUGAAGCACGGCGACGUUAUCACCAUCCACCCGUGCCCCGAUAUCAAAUACGCCAAGCGUAUCGCAGUCCUUCCUAUCGCAGACACCGUCGAGGGUAUCACAGGAUCGUUAUUCGACGUCUUCCUCGCACCGUACUUCCGCGAAGCCUACCGACCCGUUCGCCAGGGUGACACCUUCACAGCUCGCGGUGGAAUGCGACAAGUAGAGUUCAAGGUCGUAGAGGUCGACCCACCAGAGUUUGGCAUUGUCGCGCAAGAUACCGUUAUCCACUGCGAGGGCGAGCCCAUUCAGCGUGAGGACGAGGAGGGCAACCUCAACGAGGUCGGCUACGAUGACAUUGGUGGCUGCCGCAAGCAGAUGGCACAGAUCCGAGAGUUGGUUGAACUGCCUCUGAGGCAUCCUCAGCUCUUCAAGUCUAUCGGUAUCAAGCCACCGCGUGGUAUCCUCAUGUACGGUCCCCCGGGUACCGGUAAGACGCUGAUGGCUCGUGCCGUCGCCAACGAGACUGGUGCCUUCUUCUUCCUGAUCAACGGUCCCGAGAUCAUGUCGAAGAUGGCUGGUGAGUCGGAAUCGAACCUCCGGAAAGCUUUCGAGGAGGCCGAGAAGAACUCGCCUGCGAUUAUCUUCAUCGACGAAAUCGAUUCGAUCGCCCCUAAGCGUGAGAAGACCAACGGUGAAGUCGAGCGCCGUGUUGUCUCCCAAUUGCUUACCCUCAUGGACGGUAUGAAGGCGCGCUCCAACGUUGUCGUCAUGGCGGCCACCAACCGACCCAACUCCAUCGACCCCGCCCUCCGCCGCUUCGGUCGUUUCGAUCGCGAGGUUGAUAUCGGUAUCCCCGACCCCACCGGCCGUCUCGAGAUUCUCCAGAUCCACACCAAGAACAUGAAGCUUGGUGACGAUGUCGACCUACAGACCAUCGCCGCUGAAACUCACGGUUACGUUGGUUCCGACUUGGCAUCCCUCUGCUCAGAGGCUGCUAUGCAACAGAUUCGUGAGAAGAUGGAUCUCAUCGAUCUCGACGAGGACACCAUCGACGCCGAGGUGCUCGACUCGCUCGGUGUUACCAUGGAGAACUUCCGCUUCGCUCUGGGUGUCUCUAACCCAUCUGCGCUGCGCGAGGUUGCCGUUGUCGAGGUGCCCAACGUUCGAUGGGAGGACAUUGGUGGUCUCGAGGAGGUUAAGCGCGAGCUCAUCGAGAGCGUGCAAUACCCCGUCGACCACCCCGACAAGUUCCUCAAGUUUGGUAUGUCGCCAUCCCGCGGUGUGCUCUUCUAUGGUCCUCCCGGUACCGGUAAGACACUGCUCGCCAAGGCUGUUGCCAACGAGUGCGCGGCCAACUUCAUUUCCAUCAAAGGUCCUGAGCUGCUUUCCAUGUGGUUCGGUGAGUCUGAGAGCAACAUUCGCGACAUCUUCGACAAGGCGCGUGCCGCCGCACCUUGCGUCGUCUUCCUUGACGAAUUGGACUCCAUUGCCAAGUCGCGUGGUGGAUCACAGGGCGAUGCUGGUGGCGCCUCGGACCGUGUCGUCAACCAGCUUCUGACUGAGAUGGACGGUAUGACCUCGAAGAAGAAUGUCUUCGUUAUUGGUGCCACCAACCGACCGGAGCAGCUCGACAACGCUCUGUGCCGUCCUGGACGUCUCGAUACCCUCGUCUACGUUCCUCUGCCCGAUCUUGCCUCGCGAACAAGCAUUCUCAAGGCCCAACUUCGCAAGACCCCUGUCGCCCCAGACGUUGAUGUUGAGUUCAUUGCGCAGAACACCCACGGCUUCUCCGGUGCCGAUCUUGGCUUCAUCACCCAGCGUGCUGUCAAGCUUGCCAUCAAGCAGUCCAUCUCUCUGGACAUUGAGCGCCGCAAGGCCCCGCGAGGCUGCUGGUGAGGACGUCGAGAUGGAGGAUGAUGCCGAGGAUGCCGUUUCCUGAGUUGACCAAGGCCCAUUUCGAGGAGGCUAUGCGUUCCGCUCGCCGCUCCGUGACCGACGUCGAGAUCCGCCGGUACGAGGCGUUCGCACAAUCGAUGAAGAACACCGGUGGCUCAAGCUUCUUCCGCUUUCCCGAGGGUGACCAGCCCGCGGAUGGGCAGAACGCCUUCGGCAACGAUGGCGAGGACGAGGAUUUGUACAACUAGAGAAGGAAUGAUUCCACGACUUGAUGCGAUGGAGGACGGGUUGGCUUAUUUCACGGCUACAUGCCUCGUACCUAGACAGUAAUUCCAGACGGCGCUUGCAUGAGUGGCGGUGCUGAAUGGGGAUGGAUUUGAUAGUAGUGUUCAAGGAACGUCCAUGAUAUGAGAAUGAAAGGCAUGAUUUCCAAGUGG